AUGUCACUGUUCUGGAUUGUGGUUCAUCAACUUGCAGAGAUCGAAGCAAUGGCUGCGUCGAAGAAAGUCAUAACAAGGGAAGAGUGGGAGAAGAAGCUCAAGGAUGUAAAAAUUAAGAAAGAAGACAUGAAUAAAUUGGUGAUGAACUUUCUUGUCACUGAGGGUUAUGUUGAUGCUGCUGAGAAAUUCCGAAAGGAAUCUGGAACCGAACCAGAUAUUGAUCUUGCAACAAUCACCGACCGUAUGGCUGUCAAGAAGGCAGUACAGUGUGGUAAUGUAGAGGAUGCAAUUGAGAAAGUGAAUGACUUAAACCCUGAGAUUUUGGAUACAAAUCCCCAAUUAUUUUUCCAUCUUCAACAGCAACGGUUGAUAGAACUAAUUCGGAAUGGAAAAGUAGAAGAAGCCCUUGAGUUUGCUCAGGAAGAGCUAGCACCAAGGGGAGAAGAAAAUCAAAGCUUUUUAGAAGAGUUGGAGAGGACUGUUGCACUGCUAGCCUUUGAAGAUGUGUCCAAUUGUCCUGUUGGAGAGCUUCUGGACAUAUCACAACGCCUAAAGACAGCAAGUGAGGUGAAUGCGGCCAUCCUUACCAGCCAGAGUCAUGAAAAAGACCCGAAGCUACCAAGCUUGUUGAAGAUGCUGAUAUGGGCCCAGAACCAGCUUGAUGAAAAAGCUGCUUAUCCUCGGAUAAAUGAUCUUUCCACUGCCAUGCUAGAAGACCCUACUGUUUAG